AUGCCGUACUCGGGGCAAUCGCUAUCCCCGAUAGGCCCCGCUGCAUUCUGGGAGUUGUAGUCUCUAGCGACUGGCGCCGCUCCGUGUGCAGCUUUCGCGGCCUGCGUCUGGACAAAACCCUAGCGGGUGGCUCCGCGCGGCCAGAGCUCUGGAGAGUGGUGGCGCAUUCCAACCUUCGUCCCCCAGCCCUGUUGGUCGGCUCCGCCUCUUCUCGAAUCUUUUCCACAGCCCAAAAUGGCGGCGGAGGUUUAUUUUGGCGAUCUAGAGCUGUUCGAGCCGUUCGACCACCCAGAGGAGUCGAUUCCGAAGCCCGUUCACACUCGCUUCAAGGACGAGGACGGCGACGAGGAGGACGAAAAUGGGGUCGGCGACGCGGAGCUACGGGAGCGGCUUCGGCAGUGCGAGGAGACCAUCGAGCAGCUCCGCGCCGAGAAUCAAGAACUUAAACGAAAAUUGAACAUUCUGACUCGACCAAGGUAUGAGAUUUUUGAAAUUAAUCCAUACUCACCAUCCAGUAUUGUGCUAGAGGAGGACCACAAAGUGGAAGAGUCCUGUGCCAUUAAAAACAGCAAGGAAGCUUUCAGUGUUGUAGGAAGUGUCCUGUAUUUUACUAAUUUUUGCCUUGAUAAAUUGGGGCAACCGCUUCUAAAUGAAAACCCUCAGCUUUCCGAAGGAUGGGAAAUACCCAAGUACCAUCAAGUCUUCAGCCACAUUGUUUCUCUAGAAGGGCAAGAAAUACAAGUAAAGGCAAAAAGGCCAAAGCCUCACUGUUUCAAUUGUGGUUCUGAAGAACACCAAAUGAAAGAUUGCCCAAUGCCUCGGAAUGCUGCUCGAAUAAGUGAAAAGAGAAAAGAGUAUAUGGAUGCCUGUGGGGAAGCAAACAAUCAGAAUUUCCAGCAGCGAUACCACGCAGAAGAAGUAGAAGAAAGAUUUGGAAGAUUCAAGCCAGGAGUUAUUAGUGAGGAACUUCAAGAUGCACUAGGUGUGACAGACAAGAGUCUUCCACCUUUUAUCUAUCGGAUGCGCCAGCUAGGGUACCCACCAGGGUGGCUCAAAGAGGCUGAAUUAGAGAAUUCGGGGCUUGCACUGUAUGAUGGAAAAGAUAGCACUGAUGGGGAAACAGAAGUUGGAGAAAUACAGCAGAAUAAAAGUGUCACUUAUGAUCUCUCAAAAUUGGUCAACUAUCCUGGUUUUAAUAUAUCUACUCCCAGAGGAAUUCCAGAUGAAUGGAGGAUCUUUGGUUCCAUACCAAUGCAGGCAUGUCAGCAGAAGGAUGUGUUUGCCAAUUACCUUACUUCUAACUUCCAAGCGCCAGGUGUGAAGUCUGGCAGCAAGAGGUCUUCCUCUCACUCCAGCCCAGGUAGUCCAAAGAAACAGAGGAAGGAAAGCAACUCAGCAGGAUCCCCGGCCGACAUGGAGCUCGAUUCGGAUGUGGAGGCACCACAUGGUUCUCUGAGCAGCGAAACUUUUCUGUUUCAACCACCGUUACCUCCUGACACUCCUCCACUCCCCCGGGGGACUCCUCCGCCCGUCUUCACCCCUCCACUCCCCAAGGGCACCCCACCGCUGACUCCCAGUGACUCACCCCAGACCAGAACAGCAUCUGGAGCUGUGGAUGAGGACGCACUGACUCUAGAAGAACUUGAAGAACAGCAGAGGCGGAUCUGGGCAGCUCUCGAGCAGGCCGAGAGUGUAAACAGCGACUCUGACAUUCCUGUGGACACACCUUUAACUGGGAAUUCCGUUGCCUCAUCACCUUGUCCAAAUGAGCUGGACCUCCCUGUCCCAGAGGGAAAAACAUCUGAAAAGCAGAUGCUGGAGGAGCCUGAGGUACCAGAAAUUUUUACAAAGAAGUCAGAAGCUGGACGUGCCUGCAGUCCAGAUUCUGAGGUGACAUCACUUUGUCAGAAGGAAAAGGCAGAGUUGGCUCCAGUAAACCCUGAAGGCGCCCCCCUUGAUAAUGGCAGUGUUGUACCAGACUGUGACGUCAGCAAUGGGGGCAGCCAGAAGCUCUUUCCUGCAGACACCAGUCCUUCAACGGCCACUAAAAUUCAUAGCCCUGUACCUGACAUGAGCAAAUUUGCAACUGGAAUCACGCCAUUUGAAUUUGAGAAUAUGGCAGAAUCUACUGGAAUGUACCUCAGGAUAAGAAGCUUGUUAAAGAACUCACCCCGAAACCAGCAGAAAAACAAAAAGGCCUCUGAAUAACGGCUUGACUUAGCACUGAGAGCUAUUUAAUAACUUUGUUCUGUUAAUUAGUACUAAUUAAGUGGAUAGAUAGAAUGGUUUUCCUGUUUAUACCUCCCAUUUUAAAAAAUCUAUCCAAGGUUCGUGUUCCAAAGUCAAGCCUAUUUUAAAGAAAGACUGAGCUCACUGGUUCACUAUAUUUUAUUCUCACUGACAAAAUUUGGGGGGAGAUGUGAAUAUGACCUGGUGUAGAGAGAGUUUGUUAAGGUUUAUACUAUUUUUGGAUUGUGACUGUCCGUCGAGAGUGAUGGUUUUUAUCUGUCUUUUGUACAUUGUUUUCCCUUUCUACAUUUUGCUAAUUAUCCUGUAUAUAAGUUUAAUAUAUCACUUUUUAAAAGAAAAAAUUCUACCAUUUUAAAUUCAUGUUUCAACUCCUACAACCAAAUUAGAAAAAUCAGGGAUGAGCAGCUUUAUCCCAUUUGGGGUAUUUUUAUAAGUGAUUUACAUGCGUCAAUUUUAGUAGUACUUUUACUUUUUUUGUAACUUCAUUCUUCAUAUAUGGUUGCUGUACAGGUGUGUUCAUCUUUGUGUACAGAGGUUUAAUAAAUUAGUUUUCAUAUACAUAAUCUAA